CGGAAAUAUGGUCAUCCACUGAAUUUAGUUGCCCAUUGCUUGGGUGUGGACGAAUGUUGUUCACACAAGAUUUUAAGACAGUUUCCUAAAAUUGAGGUUGCAUGCUUUUUAUAGGAACCCCUCUCUAAGGUGAAAACAUGUCGACCACAGUAUCGUUGGAGGAUGCUCUUUCAAAUGUGGAUCUUUUGGAAGAGCUCCCUCUACCAGACCAGCAGCCAUGCAUUGAAGCGACGGCGGUGUCAAUCACUUAUCAAGCUAACUUCGACACCAAUUUCGAAGACAGGACAGCUUUCGUGACGGGCAUGUCCCGGUACAUUGAAGAAGCAACUGUACAUUCAGAAAUGAACAAACUACUUGAGGAGGGCCAUGGGUAUGCUGUGAUGCUGUACACAUGGAGAAGCUGUUCGCGUGCCAUGCCAGCAAUCAAAUCUAACUCACAACCUAACAGGGUGGAGAUAUAUGAGAAGUUUGUUGAGGCUUUGGAGCCUGAGGUCUCAAAACUCGUAAACCUGUUCUACUUCCAGCAAAAAGCUAUAGACUUAUUCUACAAAGAUUUCCAGCGCUUAUCACAUCCUGAACGACGCAAAGAUUUUGUGUCGGAAGCCUAUUUGCUUACCCUUGGCAAAGUCAUGAACAUGUUUGCAGUGUUAGAUGCCCUCAAAAACAUCAAAGCCAGCAUCAAGAAUGAUUAUGCUCAGUAUCGAAGAGCUGCACAGUUCCUGAAGCGUAUGUCCACCCCUCAGUCGAUCCAGGAAUCGCAGAAUGUGACACUGUUUCUGGCAAUUAAUGACAAGAUCACCACAACGUUAAAAAGUAAGAUACAGGAAAUCCAAGGACACGAGGAACUUCUUGUUGACAUUGUAAAUAUCUGCUCCGAUAUGUAUGAGAACAAGCAAUAUGUGCUACCACAGGAAAAACACAUGCUACUUAAGGUCAUGGCCUUUGCCCUUUACCUUAUGGAUGGUAAAGACGUCAGCAUCUACAAAUUGGAUGGCGGCAAGAAGAAAUUCAGCUUAUCAAAGAUAGAUAAGUUUUUCAAGCACUUAGAAGUUGUACCCUUAUAUGGUGAUAUUCAGAUUUCACUGUAUUCUUACAUAAUGAAAAGUGAGAACUUUGAGAGUCAUAGGUCCGUGUGGAGUGUGGACUCAAGCGGAAGCCUGAACCAUAGCGCCCAGUACAACAUUGUUGAGCAACUUCCCAGCGUCCGGGACCACCAUACUCGCUACAUUAGUGAGUUGGCCACACACAGUAACAAGGAAGUUACCACGGCACAGAAGGAAACACAAAGAAGUGAUGCUGAAAAUGUCGCCCUCUAUAAUCUAGCACUGCGAGGUUUACGACUGCUUGGUGCCUGGACAUCACUAGUUGCAGAAUUGUAUUCAUGGAAACUCAUUCAUCCUGCCGAUAAACGUUCAAAUCCAAACAUCCCUGAAAGCGCUGAAGAAUAUGAGAGGUCAACACGAUACAACUACAGUAGUAAUGAGAAGUUUGCGCUGAUCGAAGUCAUUGCAACGAUCAAGGGUUUACAGGUGCUGAUGAACCGAAUGGAAAGUGUAUUUUACGAGGCAAUUGUGAGGACUGUUUAUGCUGAGAUUCAGGAUUUUGUCCAGGUUCAGCUACGUGAACCUCUGCGGAUGUCAAUCAAAAAGAAGAAACCCGUCCUAGAAACAAUUCUACAGGCAAUAAGACAAACAUGCGCUGAUUGGCAGAAUGGGAUGGAGCCUGUGAACGAUCCCUGCUUGAAGGGGGACAAAGACCCAAAGACGGGUUAUAAUGUGGCAGUGCCUAGAAGAACAGUUGGGCCUAGCAGUACACAGUUGUACAUGAUGCGAACAAUGCUUGAAUCAAUAUUCUGGGACAAAGGCAAGAAGCCGAUGCGCAAGGAUCUUGACGAGAAGUCUCUAGCCACCAUUGAAGCCUUCCAUAAGCGUUCUUUUUUCUACCAUCAUCUUCUGAGCUUCUCAGAAACUCUACAGGAGUGUUGCGAUUUAUCACAACUUUGGUAUAGAGAGUUCUUUUUGGAGAUGACAAUGGGUGACCGAAUUCAGUUUCCAAUUGAAAUGUCAAUGCCCUGGAUUUUGACCGAUCACAUUCUGGAAACGAAAGACGCAUCUAUGAUGGAGUACAUUUUGUAUCCGCUAGACCUGUACAGCGACAGUGCUCAGUACGCCCUCACAAGGUUCAAGAAACAGUACCUCUAUGAUGAAAUUGAAGCUGAGGUAAACCUGUGCUUUGAUCAGUUGGUCUACAAGCUUAGUGAUCAGAUUUUUGCUCACUACAAGGCCUUAGCUGGAAGUAUUCUACUUGACAAACGGUUUCGUGCUGAAUGCGAGAAAUUUGAUAUCACAAUCCGAUUUCCACAUCCGAACAAGUACACAACGCUGUUAAGACAGCGUCAUCUUCAGCUGCUAGGCCGAUCGAUUGAUAUGAACCGACUGAUCACACAACGUGUCAAUACAGCGAUGCAAAAAAGUCUUGACCUUGCAAUUGCUAGGUUUGAAAGUGGUGACAUCACAGGGGUCAUAGAACUUGAUUGUCUGUACGAAGUUAACCGACUUACACAUCAGCUACUCAGCAAAUAUAUGACACUCAACGACUUCGAGUCGAUGUUCCGCGAAGCAAACCACAAUGUUCUAGCGCCAUAUGGUAGAAUAACCCUUCACGUUUUCUGGGAAUUAAACUACGACUUUUUACCUAACUUCUGCUACAAUGCCGCUACAGAUCGAUUUGUUAGAACAUCAUUAUCUCUAGCAGAAGCUCUUAACAGGGAAAGGCCUCCAACAGCAGCGCCCUCAUACAUCUAUGGCUCAAAGCACUUGAAUGAAGCAUUCCGUCACAUCAACAGCCUGUGUAACAGCUUUGUAGGAGCUCCCCACAUGCAAGCUAUGGUACGUCUCCUUGGUUACCAGGGUAUCGCAGUUGUCAUGGAGGAACUUUUGAAGGUGGUAAAGAGUCUGCUUCAGGGAACCAUUCUCCAGUACGUGAAGAUUUUGAUGGAAAUCAUGCCGAAGAUUUGUAGGCUACCAAAAUUUGCUUAUGGGUGUCCAGGUGUAAUAAGCUACUAUGCAGCUCAACUUCAAGACAUUGUGCAGUACCCAGAUGUGAGGACCAACCUCUUUCAAAGCUUCCGUGAGGUCGGAAACAGCAUCCUGUUCUGUAAGCUGAUUGAGCAGAAUCUUGCCAUUGAGGAAGUGUGUGAUCUUCUGCAUGCAGCACCUUUCCAGAACAUCAUCCCAAAACAGUACUUACAACAGGGAGACAAACUUGAAGCAAAAGUGAAGAAACUUGAGCAGAAGUAUGCACCAAUGCAAGUUGUUAGUGUUAUGGAGAAAUAUGGCACACAAGAACAAUUAAUAAACUCAAAAGAAGGCGACCUUCUGACUAAAGAGCGGCUUUGUUGCGGUCUGACUCUGUUUGAAGUAGUACUGACGCGGAUAAGAAGUUACUUAGAUGAUCCCAUAUGGCAUGGUCCAACACCUGCGAAUGGAGUCAUGAAUGUUGAUGAGUGCAACGAAUUCCACCGACUUUGGAGUGCUAUUCAAUUUGUUUACUGUCUUCCACUUGCCAAAGGUGAACUCACAACAGAAGAAUGUUUUGGUGAGGGCUUGCAUUGGGCAGGGUGUGCCUUGAUUACUUUGUUGGGUCAACAAAGACGUUUUGAGGCUUUGGAUUUCAGCUACCCUGUCUCUUAUACACAUCUAGAUAAAUUGCCAAAAAGCGAUUUUAAGGUUGAUUAUAUUAUAAAUGGCAUAUCAAUUAGACGACUUGUUGACAGGAUCAAGAAAUUUCGUCUUCUCAAUAACCAGGUGUUCUCUGUUCUCCAUAAAUUCCUGAAACCAGGAGAUAGCGACAGUUUACCUGUCGAGCAAGUCAGGUGCUACCAGCCACCUGUUCAUCAAUCAGUCAUUGACGGUACCAACUAGAAUCAACCUCAUUCAUUAAACUGGCAAACAUAUUAAAACAAAUGUGCCUACUUGUAAGAGACCAGUUUAAACUGGCUUAAAUGAACUGGUUGCAAUAAACCAGUUUAAGCUAGUUUGAACUGGCAAAUGAACUGAUUCCAUAUUGUUACUACAAAAAAAAACCAGUUGAAACUGGAUUACCCUUCAUAAUUUUAUAAUGAACUUUAAAGUAUCAAAAAAGCAUGCGAUACUUUUUUAAGGUAUUGGGGAACAAUUUCAUGGUAUUCCUUGCAUUUCUAGAUAUUUUAAUGACAAUAUUGCAAAUUAAAUUAAGAGGACCAUUGUUAAAAUUGAUCCAAGCUAUGUAUCCUCUUUAAACAUUGCAGGGAAAAUGCAAACCAAGAUAUUUUAGCUGAGAAUAGUACCCUUCCAUACAGCAAACAUUAGCUGUGUUUGAUGUUUUAACUGUAAACAUUCAGGAUAUUUAAGGACAUUUAAAUACUAUGACAUAAGGAUUCCAAUAUUUUUUUAGAAAAAUUGAACAUGUUAAUUUUACCAAGAAUGUUUGGAGGUUAGAUGGACAUGUUUUCUUUUGUAUAUUUAUUUUGAUUCCAAAUCAAUUUUAUUUUUAAUUUCUUUAUUUAUACUUCUAUACUUUGUACUAAUUCAGAGUAGUUCAUGUUCUGUUUUACUUUUAAUUUAACAAUUUUUGAUAUUUGUGUAUAUUAAUUUAAAUCACAGGUGAUUGAUAAGGGUUUCUGUAUGCCUUUUAUCUAGUCAGUGAAAUAAUAUAAAUAACAACAAAUAGAUUAGUUCCCUAUACAGAAUUUUGUAACAAGUUAACAUUGGAUUUUACCGUGAUGUGUCAUUUGCACACAAUAUUGUACAGUAUAUGGUAUAAAGAAAUGAUUUAAAUUUGUAUAUUUGCAUUUUUGCCUUGUUUAUAUAAUUAUUUCUAGAUGAUAAAGCUAAUUUUUGUGCUUAUAAUUAAUAACUUAUAAUCUUGUUUUAUUCUUUCGUAUGUACAUCUUUAUACAAAUUAUGCACUUGGGUAAAAUAUUUACUGGUAUUGUUGGCUAUUGAAAAUAUACCGUCUGUAAUGAAUUAUUGAAAAUCGUCAAAAAAUUAAUUAUAUGAAAAAAUUUUUUAUAUACUAAAAAGAAACAUUGAUAUUAAAGAUAAUUGUUUGCUAAUGUACAGACUUUAUUACAAAAAUCCUUUAAACCGAUUUAAUACCCGCCAAUUUAAACAUCCCUAAAAAAGAAAAGCUGUUAUUGAGUCUAUUGCUCUGUUGAGAGCAGAGGCACUGUUUAUGCAAAUAAGUAACUUCUGACCACCAGCUACCUUCAGGAAUUUUGCAAACAUAUUGUAGCCUCAAAAUACUAUAAGUGUAGUGAAAUAAAUACUAAACGAUUCAGGGUGAUUUCUAGAAGGCUAUUUUUUAUAGAGGUAAACAUGUAAACAAAAAUGUGAUGCAUAAUAGAAAACCUGGUUUGGCAAGGCCACCCAAAUAUCUAUUACUAUGUUGCAUCUUGUCGUCUACUUAAAAUACAUAAAAUUUUUAAAUUGCUAAGUAAUAGGACAUUAAAAUAUAUGGUAUAAUUAUUAACAGCACCUUUAAGGGUCUACACAAAAGUUACUUAAUAGAUGCGGACAUCUUUUUCUCAUUUUAAUUAACAGCCGAUAACUUCAUAAUGUGCGCAGGGGUGGCACAGUUCGCUCAAAAUCUCUUGAAAGUGAUAUGGCAAUUUAGAGGUUUCCAUAGGCUUAUUUAAUUGAUUUAAUAGUCUACCAAAUUUGUAAAAAACUACAGAAUGUUUUUCUCCCCUACAAAUUGUUUUUAUCCCUGAUGGGGGUGCUUUCCAUGAUGGUGGGCCCCCUUACCCCUGCUACACAGCAAUGCAAAUAAAAUUUGUUAGCAACAUAGGCGGUAUGUCUUUAAUUUUUUGUAGUAAAUUGUCCAAAAUGAAAAUUGGAUACUAUUUAACUCUUUAUAAUUUUUUGUUCCAUUAUUACGAGAAUCAUAUUUCUAUGUAGUAUUUGUAAAAAAAUGUUGGUAGUGUGUUUAUAUAAUAUGCCAAGGCUAAUCGAUUAAAGUGAUCAUAUUGCAUUUGUAUGUCUAAAGACGAUUUUAACCACCGAACAAAAACAAUUUGACUAGUGAAUGUGUAAUUGUAUCACUCGCAUUUCAAAGCGCCCCUAUGGUGUGGGAAGUUAUUUAACAAAUAGGGUUGAUGUAUCAAUAGGAAUAAGCCUUGGUGCAAUUGUGAAAUCUUUGCUUAAUAUAUGGUGGUUAUAACCAAUACGGCUUGGUUUAUAUCAAUGUUCAGACACGGAUCCAGUAGGGGUGGAAUUUUAAAUUUUCAAUGCAUAUCAAGGUUAUGUAUUGAAAUAAGCACUACACGCUUAUCUAUUCUGAAAAUGUUCCCCCCGCCCCGUUUCAAACAUUCUAAAUCUGAUGUUGAUCACACUACCUUAUUAACAGGUUAUUUAGGCGAUGUAUGUACAUAGAAUGAAGAAAUACAAUCACUACUUGUUUAA